GUCACAUUUUAUCUAUAUAUAUUGCAUAAUCUUUCAUAUGCUUCUUCAUUCACAACUCACACACUUCAUUGUCUUCUCUUUCUCUUCAAGCUCUAGAUAUUUUUAGAUUUUAUUUUCUAUGGCUACAUUUACUAAAUUAUGUGUUACAUUUUCCAUUCUAGUUUCUCUCUUAGCUUGUUUUACAAAUGCACAACUUUCUCCUAACUUCUAUGGAAGAACUUGUCCUACCCUUCAAUCCAUUGUGCGCAGUGAAAUGACCAAAGCUAUCAAUAAUGAAGCUAGGAUUGGUGCUUCUAUACUUCGUUUGUUCUUCCAUGAUUGCUUUGUCAAUGGAUGUGAUGGAUCUAUUUUAUUGGAUGACACUGCGACAUUUACCGGUGAGAAAAAUGCAGGACCUAACAAAAAUUCAGCUAGGGGUUUCGAAGUUAUUGAUACUAUUAAAACUAGUGUUGAAGCUUCUUGCAAUGCCACCGUCUCUUGUGCUGAUAUUCUAGCACUUGCUACUAGAGAUGGAAUAGCUCUGCUUGGAGGACCCUCAUGGAUAGUACCACUUGGAAGAAGAGAUGCAAGAACAGCAAGCCAAAGUGCAGCCAACAGCCAAAUCCCUGGACCAUCAUCUGACCUUGCAACACUCACUAAAAUGUUCCAAAACAAAGGUCUAACAUUAAAUGACUGAUGACAUUAGUCAUUACAUGGAAAUAAAGACCAUUUUCAAGUAUUUUUAGAGGUUUUUGACCUAAAUCAUGAAGAAUGAAACAUUGAUUUGAAGCUACAUGCGAAGAAAGAUAGCAAAUGAAAAUUGGUGGAUUGUAUAGUAUUUUUACGCCUAAAACGGAAGUUUUUCCGCCUGGGGCGGAAAUUUCACUGAAGAACCAAGAUUGCUCUCUGUUUUGCCGUUUCAGGCGGAAAAAGCUGUGCCUGAAACGUAAUUCUUUACGCCUGAGGCGGAAAUUCUGUGCCUCAGGCGGAAAACGUUACUUUUGAUCAUUUUUAUAAAAAGGAAACAUCAGAUCUGGAUCAUUAUCGAAUUUGAAACACUGAGAACAGCAUUUGGAGCGAUUUUGGAGGAUCAAGAGCGACCAAGCAAGGAUUCAAGUGUGGAAACACAUCAAGAUUCUUCUUGUAAUUAUGCUUUCUUUCAUUUUAUUUGAUGUAAUUUCUGAAUUUGCAAUGUCUAGCUAAAUUCUCAUGAUUGGUCCUUAGGUGAUUCUAAUUACUUUUGAUCUUGAACUAUGUGAUUGUCAUAUGAUAUGAUUAAUGAAUUACGAAGUUAGUUUCUAUUGAUUGUUCUUUGUGCUUAA